AUGAGUAGAAUUAACGUAUCUGAACCGAACGGUACAUCUAAUACAACUGAGAAAAUCACUACGAAUGAGCAUAAGCUAAAUCAAAUGGAAAGAGGCUUUUUGACAGCACUCGUCAAACUACUGCUUCAUGGUGAAACUGAACAAGCCUGCCGAGUAGCGACACUAUUCUCCAGACUCGAAAACAAUCCAUUAGACCCUCUUUAUGAAGGUAUAUGGCAUAUCCAAACUAUCGUGAAAUAUGUGUGCGCUGAAAGUCCAACGAAGGAACGAGUGCGAUCAGCUCUAGAACAAUUGGUUGCCCAGCACCCCUCGAGUAAUUCCGAUGUCGCUGCCGAUGAUCCCGUUCCCAAACCUGAGGUCGACACUGGAACAUCCAUUGAAAAUAGUAGGACAAAUUCUCGGCAUCCAAAAAAAAGACCGAUAUCCCGCUCAGAAACAGAACCAUCCAAGGUAACUAAGAAACCACGACAUCGUAAACGUGCGACGUCAUCUUCCAAUCCAUUAACAACAAUAGAUCCACAACUAUUGCCACCUAAUCAUGUAAUGCAUCCAUUUCUGAAUAAUCCGGGCCUCGAACUGACAACCGAGGCCAACACCGACUAUAGGUUAUAUGAUGACCUACUGGUUGACUCUCCAUAUGCUGGCUGA